AUGAACCCUAACAGGGCCCCGAGUACCCGCUAUUGUGAGUAUCAUGAGGAUACGGGGCACACUAUAGACAGAUGCUUCCAGCUAAAAAAUCUCAUAGAGGAUAAGGUCAAGAGUGGUGAGCUAGCGCACUUUGCCGUCAAAGAAGAACAAUACCGAGCACACACUCCGUCUCGAGAUCGAGUAAUAGACGUAAUUUCAGGAGGCUUUCAACCUUCCCUCCAGGCUACUCCUCGGGCACAAGGAUCCCAAAAUGAGGUAUUUCGCAUUGACUCCAAAAGGCCAAAAAAGAACCCUUAUCCAGUAAUCUUCUUCUCUGAUAACGACUAUGCUCCAAACUCGACAGAGUUUCAUCAGGAUGCUUUAGUCAUUACAACCAAAAUCGGGGUCAACACUGUAAAAAAGAUAUUAGUGGAUGACGGAAGCUCCACAGACAUCCUUUACCAGGGAGCCCUAUCUAGGAUGGACAUUGGAGAAAGGAAAGUUUGUGAUAAGGACUUAACAGCACUUUAUGGAUUCACGGGCAAUGAGGUCAGGAUUGUGGGCACAAUCGACCUCCCGGUUUUGUUCGGAUAUGCACCACAACAAAGAUGGCUGGUUGUGAAAUUUCACGUAGUCUAUUCAGUGUCAUGCUACAACGCCAUUCUGGGGUGUACAACUCUAUCAGCUCUUCGGGCCAUCACCUCCAUUACUCACUUAAAAAUGAAAUUCCCAACUGAGUUUGGAGUAGGAGAAAUGCGUGGCGACCAAGCGGUAUCACGCCAGUGUUACGGUGAUAGCAUCAUUCCUAAGAGGAAAGGAAGCAAAUCGGUUAAUUGGGUCAAAACAGAGCUUGAGAGCCCCAUCCCCGAAGGACCACUAGAGUCUAUUGACCAGGAAAGGAAGAUGCUAUGUGAACCGAUUGAGGAGAUCGAAGAGGUCUCCGUCCAUGCUAACGACCCGACUAAAGUGGUUAAAAUUGGCAAAAAUAUAGCUCCAACUAUCAAGGCCGAACUCAUCACCUUACUCUAG